GUGUGCAUGCCAAGUGUUUUCCAGAAGAGGUGUGCAUGCCAAGUGUUUUCCAGAAGAGGUGUGCAUGCCAAGUGUUUUCCAGAAGAGGUGUGCAUGCCAAGUGUUUUCCAGAAGAGGUGUGCAUGCCAAGUGUUUUCCAGAAGAGGUGUGCAUGCCAAGUGUUUUCCAGAAGAGGUGUGCAUGCCAAGUGUUUUCCAGAAGAGGUGUGCAUGCCAAGUGUUUUCCAGAAGAGGUGUGCAUGCCAAGUGUUUUCCAGAAGAGGUGUGCAUGCCAAGUGUUUUCCAGAAGAGGUGUGCAUGCCAAGUGUUUUCCAGAAGAGGUGUGCAUGCCAAGUGUUUUCCAGAAGAGGUGUGCAUGCCAAGUGUUUUCCAGAAGAGGUGUGCAUGCCAAGUGUUUUCCAGAAGAGGUGUGCAUGCCAAGUGUUUUCCAGAAGAGGUGUGCAUGCCAAGUGUUUUCCAGAAGAGGUGUGCAUGCCAAGUGUUUUCCAGAAGAGGUGUGCAUGCCAAGUGUUUGCCAGAAGAGGUGUGCAUGCCAAGUGUUUUCCAGAAGAGGUGUGCAUGCCAAGUGUUUUCCAGAAGAGGUGUGCAUGCCAAAUGUUUUCCGAUGUGUCCUACAGGAGAAGACUGUGCCACAGGUAUGUGUGAGGCAGGGCGGUCUGGGGUUUGACUCUGAGCUGCAGGAGCUCUACUCAGCCGUCACAUCCUACGACAACACCAACGCCCGCAAACGUAAGAUCUCUGAGAGACACGCCCCCGAAGAGGACGAAUCCACCACAGAGGACCGUGACCCUAACCACGCCGCCAGCGGCACACAGCCCUCAGGAGAGGAGGUGAACCAUGGGCUGGACCAGGGGGAUAAGAGGCAGACUGGACGGGGGGACCGAGCCAGAACCACAGACUCAGAGACACCUAAUGAGGAAAAGACUACAGUUCCCAUGGCUACUGCUGCAGAUCGGCCCUCCGCCCGACCCAAAAAGAAGAAAGCUAAGGGGCUUUUUGGAUGACCUCGGAACCUGUAGGGCACCAAACACUAUGGAGACUGUCUGCGACUAUGUCCCAAAUGACACGGUCAAAAGUAGUGCACUAUGUAGGGGAUGGGGUGUCGUUUGGGAUGCCGUCUAUGAGCACUACCACCUUACUUCAUGUGACAUGUUUUUCAAGUACUCAUCUACGGAGAUGUCCUUUUUUUUUAAAUAUAUAUUUUUUUAAAUCAUUGAAUCAUUAGAUAUGCAUGUUGUUCCUUGGCUGUUUCAUUGUUUGAUGGAUGUGUAUUUUUUUAAAUUGUCUAAAUAAAGUGUGACAAUUUAGGG